UGCAAGCAUUCUGUUGACAACAUUGCUCUUAUUAUAACCUUAAAAUGUAUCAGGCAAACUUUUACAACCAGCUAUCAACUAGUGUGUCGCUCGAUAAACAAAUUAAAAAAGUUGAAGAAUUUCGAACUAAGCGCAGCGAGAUUUUAAUUAGUGAAUAUUAUAUUAAUAAAUCAAGAUCCAAAUGGGUUAGCGUUGGAUUUUUAUUGGAAAGGAAAUAUACACCAGUAAUGAAGCUUGGAGGAUACAAAUACAAUCAACAUAUAGUUUUCAAUGAAGAUCAGUGGAUCUCAUUUUUAAACAAUCAAGGGGUUAUGUUGAGCUUUAUUUACUCCAACAGCUAUGGAUGGCGACCUAUGCAAGGAGACGGAUACGAGAUACAUUUUAUUUUUAUGGGUGAUUCAAGAGUUAUCAAGAUAACUCAAGACGGAGGAAACGAAUUAUACUUAGCUGGUGAUACAAUAAACGAACUUGUAAAUUUAGUGAAUUUGGUGAAAUACCGUUUUGAUAUGUUGAAAUUUCAAGAAUUUUCAAAAUAUUAUAAUACUAUCGUUAGUGGAGUCUCCCUGCAAAAUGGAGAUUUGAUUAAAAAUAUUUAUGAUGUAAUCACACCUAAUCCAAACAGUGCUAAUGUUUGCUGUGUACUCGAGUUACUACAAUUUUAUCCUGAUUGUGUUAUAGAAGAUGUAGAAACUUUUGCAUGCAAUGAGUUUGUGAAAAGUAUCAUUAAAAAAUAAAAUUUAUUCAUUCAACUAUCC